GGCAGUUAUUAAUCUGUCCGAAUCUAUUUUAGAAAAAAAUAUUGCUCUAGGAUAUUUUUGUAAUUAUAUUUUUGCUGAAAAUAUUACUAUUUCGGGAAAUAUAAAAGUGCUGCUGCACAUAAUCUCCACAAUGAGACGUGGGCACAACUCUUGGUUAACUUGGGUUGGGAUUGCUGCCUGCUUCUUAUCAUCCGUGGGUGGUUCCGGAUAUGACUCUGGACCUGGAUAUGGUGCAAUCCCAGAUCACAGCCACUAUGCCCAUGGUGGUGGUGGUGGCGGAGGUGGGGGUGGAGGUCACAAUGCUGGGUCGUACUACCACUACCACGUGCCCGUCGUGGGUCAACAGCACCAACCUCAACAUCAUGGUAGCGACAGCCACUAUCUUCUUCCCCUGCUGCUGCUACUGGGGAUCCCUCUGCUCCUUCUCCCACUCCUCCCCCUCCUCCUGCUCCCACUGGGACUCUCUCUCCUCGCGCUCCUCAUGCCCGGCGGAAUGAUGAUGAUGAUGAUGAUGAUGAUGAUGAUGAUGAUGAUGAUGAUGCCGCAACUGCCCAAUCCUCUUGGAAUUAGGAAUGAAAACGUAGGCCGUGCCAUGGAAGACAUGCGGACUUUGGGGGAUAUCGUGCUAACGGACAUAUCUGGGCUGCUAGUGAAGUAUUCUAGGUCACUGGAUUUGGACAAGUGUCCUCAGCGUAUAGUUUGCGAAUUUGGGUCAUUCAUCCUUCCAGUCAAUUCCACACAAAUUCCAACUGCGAAGACAUUGACCUCAUACCUCGUGGACCAAGCUAUGCCUAAGGGAAAAGCUCGAAAGUACAUGAAACAAUUAGAGAAAGCGUUUUGGUUGGGGUCGUUUGGAUCUGGGCAAUGCAGCCAUUUCAAUUGUCAACCUGCUUUCCACGUCUAUCAUCAAGACACGCCGGAUUAUCCGAACCCAGAACUAAAUGAAGCCAGGGGACAAAAUACUAAACUUAAACGACGAAAAAAGGUGAAAGGUACCAAUCCUGAAACACAUUACGAAUAUACGCAGAAUGAUCAAAUUGUGCAAAACCAACAUGGUCAUCAACAACAAAACUACAAUUUUGAAACUGCUGGCAAGACGCUUGAAGCAAUAAAACAGCAUUGGUCACCCCACUCGUUAGAAGGAUAUGAAACAAAGUUUAUAUCCCCAACAAUAAAUUACGAAGAUAUUAAAAGUCCAACAUCCAACUUUGAAUCAUAGACUUUGUAUGAAGUUGGUAACGAAUGACGUAUAAACGGUUUAAUUUUAUUACAAAUCCACAUCUUGAAAAGUUGUUUAGCUCUUCAUUGUUUCGUAAUUUUGUGACUAUUUAUUUAUUUUAUUACGACACUACUAAAUUAUUCUUAAAUUCUAGUAUGCAACGACAAUUUCUGACGGUAGUAUAACGACUUAUUGUGUACCAAUACCACAUAAAGUCUGAAAUAUUAAGCAUGCAAAUGUACUAAUUGCUAACUAUUGUACUGCCCUUCUUCGUAUUAACAACUUUAGACUGGCACGUGACGCUUUUUGACAGGAACGACUUAUUUUAUAUGUAAUACAAUUUUUACAACAAUAUCAAAAGGACACUAUACUUUUAACUUGUACACAUGCCUAGACUGCAUUAUGUAAUUAUGAGUUCGACAAACUUUGGAAAUUACAAUCUAAAUCAACGAUAAAACUGUCUGUAAAAUAUAUAGAUCUUACUAAAAACACUUUAUCCUGAUAAAA